AUGCCUAGAGACGACUUGUCGAUCGACUUCGUCAAGAGGAUGCCUCAAGCCGAGCCCCUCGAUCCCGGCUUGAUCCUCGACGACUGGAUCAAUCGUGUCCAGAACCUCCCCGAAGAGAUUCGUUUCAUCCAGGAGGAGAUCGCCGACAAGGACCGCCAGUACAAUGAAUGCAUCCGCGUCAUCGAGGACCGCGACGGGAAGAUACAGAAAUGGAUCAAGACGAACGGGAGCCAUGAACCCAACCCUAAGGAGGAACUCCUUCGCGCUCAAGUCCGCGAGAACUAUGCGCGAGCCGAUCAACUGUCGCAAGAGAAGAUCGCCCUGCACCAAAAGAUGCAACUCAUAAUGGAUAAGCACCUUCGAAGUUUGGAUGCGCAGAUCAAGCUCCUCUACGACCGAGCCGAACCUGGCUUUACCGAUCCCGACGAAGUGCCCUCGCUGCUUCGACCCAGCGCCGCGAACCACACAGCUCCUUCGAUCCGCGCCAUCAAUCCCGCGAGCCAUAUGGCGGCGACUGGCCCUGCCACCCCUCUUACCGCUGCGCAGACAUCGUCCAACCCCACACUUGCCCGACUCCCGAACCACCCCAACGUGCGACACGCACAAGCUCAACAGCAUGCCGCAUCUGCGCCUGCUACCCCAGCUGCCAGCAUGAUAUUGAACAGACAAAGAGAAGGCUCGGCAGGACCUGCGACGAAGCGCGGGCCCAGGAUUAACCCUUCGUUGGGAAGUAUACCAGUCACAUCAAGCGGGCUAGCAAGACAUUCUUCUUUGGGACCGGGGACCCCUAAGGGCGGUGUUGCUGGUGGACCUGCUGCUCUUGCUAGAGCUGGGAGUGCAGGCCCAAGGGCUAGUUCGGUCAAGUCCAUGGGAACAGCGAGUGCUCGUCGGGGCACACCUACGGCGGGUGGCCGAAAGAAGAUUGCCAACAAAUCAUCACUGUCCCGGGUUAAGAAGGCGUCGAGUAGGAAUUCGCCUGCGCCGACUGUUGAUAGCGAGUUGUCGGAUGUUGAUAGCGGAAGCGGAGAUGACGAGGAUGGCGCUGAUGGUCGAUCGAGGGGGACGCCUGUUAUCGAUGGUAAGGACGGAGAUGGAGACGAAGUACUGGGCGACGCGGACGAUGAUGACGAGGAGGGUGGCGACGACAAAAAGUAUUGCCUGUGCCAUAACGUGAGCUAUGGUGACAUGGUUGCUUGUGACAACGACAACUGUCCCUACGAGUGGUUUCACUGGUCCUGCGUUGGACUGAAGAGUGAGCCUAACGGAACUUGGUACUGUCCAGUGUGUACCGAAAAGUUCAAGAAGGGCAAGUAG